GCUUAACAAUAUAUACCAUUGAAGCCCAUGACAUUUGUAGUUAAUAUCAUUUCGUUGCAUUAUCGACUUCACGCAACGGGUCUUACUGUCUGCUGGUCCGCAACAACAUUGGACAGCUCGAGAAAUCACGUCCACCAGUAUAAAACCCAUUGUGUUAAUCAUGGCAUCCAAUUCGUCAAUGCUCGACGUCGAAGACGUAAAACCCCCAACCUACGACGAUACCCUUGCAGAGGCAAGAGGACAACUCAAUUGCGGGGAGACGCCAACAUUCUUUCUGGACAAGACAACAAUCUUUGCCAACACAUCCCCGCCUCGCGCACUCUACGAACUGAGCAACAUCGUCACGGAUGCAAAGUCGCUUACCUACGGGGUUCAGAAAGUUGUCUACAGAGUCAGCCCAGCGCUCGGCAGCGACAAGAUCAGGACGAGACUAGACCACAUCUACGACUUCACACAAGAUCCUAUAAGAGCACUCGACAGCUACAAAAUGCAGCUGAACGACGUGGUUGUCAUACAAGGCAAGAUGAAUUCCAAGAGGACAUACAAGGAAGUGCAGUUGAUGCCCAGCGUGGCCGGGUGGAAGGUCAAAAAUCACUUCAAGGCCGGCAAUAGCGUGGUGCAUCAGUUGAAGCAUGAGAACGAGAUCCACUGGAAGAACAUGGAGGACGAGGUCAUCGCAAUCGAGACGCUGCCCAAGCGAGACAAGGAAAAGAAGUUGCUCAACAUGCCUCAGCUGGAAAUCAAGACCGCGAUGGAAGACAAAGAAUUGGACCUGCUAGUGACCAGUUGGAUGGCUAGACUCUGGCGGCAAUCCGCGGACGAAACCAAAGAACCGAUGACGUGGAAAGACUUUAAAGACAUUUCAAAGAUUGCACUCAGACAGAAUAGGCCAAGCAUCUGGAUACUGGGCUGAUAGUUCCGCGGCAUAAGACUUUGACGACGCAAACGAAAGACUCUCAUGCAUUUUGCAUAUAUUGGUUAAGAAGAUAGACAGAUACCCAACCCCCUUGCUUUUUCAAUCAAGAAUAGGAUGAGCCUCAUCAUAUAGGGCUACUGUGUCUGAUGCACGAUAGCGUUGCCUAGGUUAUCUUGUGAUAUAAUUACCUUUACAAGUAUUGCGGUUGAUCAUGCAUGCACAUAUGACAAGAGACUAGGCUGCAUGUCUUUGAUCUUAC